AUGGGGGAUAGAUGUCAGGUGGAUGGAUCUUGGAAAGAAACGGACCCCCAAGCGGGGCUCGGAUGGUAUAAUUUUAAUAUGGAAACAGGCGAGAAGCUAUUGGGCACAUGUAAUCUGUGGAGGGGAGUUUCUCCCCUUCAAACAGAAGUGGAGGCCCUGUUAUGGGCAAUGCAAUGUAUGCUACGGCAUAACAAGUUAGUAAUGGUGUUUGAGACGAAUUUGUCCGAUGUGGUACAGAUGGUGUCUAAACCAGAGGAGUGGCCAGCUUUUGCAGUACUUUUAGAAGAAAUUGACAGAUGUAAAAGGCGUUUUCUUUCUUUCUCCAUCACGCAUAUACCAAGGACCAACAAUACGAAGGCAGACAAGUUAGCACAGAGUGCUCGAGCUCUACCUACUAGUGUGUAUUAUGUAAACUCUGUUUCCCCAACUUGGAUUUCUGAGUUGUAG